AGCUUCGGAUUUCAUUUGUUCGGAUUUCAUAGUGUAAUCUGAGCACAAUCUUUCAAUCUUUGGAGCCUUAUCCGUUAAGACACCACCACUUCCAUAAAAUUUUCUCCAAUCCACUAAAACUUUCUCUCCAUCCAAACAUGUAGCAACCAAAUCAUGCAAGAAACCCUCCAUCUCUUCUCCGCCAAUGCUUUCCCCAACCACAACUUUCCCUCCAAACCCAUCAACUUUCCCCCGUUUUAUUGCCCGAGAAACCUCCACUUUCCCACCAUUUCCUCCACCAAAACCACCAUUUCCCUCCCCCCAAAACCCCCAAAAAUCCCAGAGACCCCCUCCAUAUCCCCAACCCCUCAACCACACCUCAACCCAACUCCCCAAUCCGAGUUCCAUGAGAGCCUGCUCUACCUCGACUCCAUCGGAAUCGACCUCUUCUCUCUUCUCACAACCCACCCUUCGAUCGUCUCCACCUCAAUCACCGACGUCAAAUCCAUCAUCCACUUACUGCACUCCGCGGGCCUCACCGCACCAGAUCUCCGCCGCGUUCUCUCCAUGUGCCCCGAACUUCUCACUUCCAACAUCUCCGACAUCGUCCAAGUCUUAACCUUUCUCCUCAGGGAGGCCCAGGUGGACGGCUCUGACCUCCGCCGCGUCAUCAACCGACGGCCCAGAUUGCUCGCCUGCAGCGUCGAGAAACGCCUCCGUCCCACCAUGUACUUCCUCCAAAGCAUCGGCAUUACCCAAAUCAAGAGACAUACCUCUCUCCUCUCUUGCUCUGUUGAACAAAAGUUCAUUCCCCGAAUCGAAUACCUUCAACGAAUUGGGUUCUCGUACCGGGACGCUAUAUCUAUGUUUAGGAGGUUUCCACCGUUGUUUUGUUACAGUAUCGAAGAGAAUUUCGAGCCCAAGUUCGAUUACUUUGUGGUGGAAAUGGGUAGAGAGCUGAAGGAACUGAAAGAAUUUCCUCACUACUUUUCGUUUAGCUUAGAGAAUAGGAUUAAGCCUCGGCACCGGCAAUGUAUGGAAAAGGGUGUGUGUUUAUCGCUUCCGGCAAUGUUGAAGUCCAGUGAGGAGCGGUUUGGGGGCAGGUUGGAGGUCUUCUGUAAUUCAUCGAUACCGGUGAGCACUUCUCCUUUGUGGGUUGCAAAUUAUGAUGCUAAUUCAUUAUAUAAUUAAUUUGUUCAUAGCAUAUCAUUUAAUUCACUUGAUCAGUGAUGUGUAGUAAAUUGCCCGUGUAAUAUAGAUUGUAGCCAUAAUACCUAUAUCUUUUAAUGGAAGAAAAGAGUUUAGCUUUGAAACUGAUAAUUGGGGUUCAAAUAGGUGUUCGUUUUAUACCAUUUAAUUUUUGAGGGUUCUAAAUUUGUUAGUUUUAUGUAUUGAAAGGAAAAUGGAAUAUAGAUGGUUCCAUUUUGGUACUAGCAAAAAUAGUGGGUUGUUUUGGAUCAUUUCAAGUUAUUUGAUUUCUGAUUAAUGUUUUACACUCGGGUAAAUUACACUUCCACCUCCUUACACAUGGAGGCCUAUUUUGCGGAAACUCGCACCGGCUAAAUUUAUUGGUUUUGUAUAUUGAAAGGAAAAUGGAAUAUAGAUGGUUCCAUUUUGUGCUACCAAAAGUAGUGUGUUUUGGAUCAUUUCAAGUUAUUUGAUUCCCGAUUAAUGUUUUACAAUUGGGUAAUUACACUUGCCCUCCUUACACAUGGAGGCCUAGUUUGUCAAAACUUACACUCACUCCCCCAUCCAAAUUUGAUGGUUUUGUGUAUUGAAAGGAAAAUGGAAUAUAGAUGGUUCCAUUUUUGUGCUAACAAAAAUAGUGGGUUGUUUUGGAUCAUUUCAAGUUGUUUGCUUUCUGGAUCAUUUCAAGUUGUUUGCUUUCUGAUUAGUUAGUUUACACUUGCACCUCCUUACACACGGAGGCUUAGUUUGCAAAAGCUUACACUCACACCAUCACAUUUUCAUUCUUAAUGUUUGUUACUUUUUCAUGUUAAAUUACACUUUGUCCUCAAUAGAAUAACACUAUUUUAAUUGCACAGUAUCUCAUUGCCUAAGAAGCGUGGACACGGAUACGACACAACACCGAUACGGCGACACGACAAAUCCAAAAAAAUUAGGACACGGACACGGCAAAUAGUAUAUAUACAUACAUAUACAUACAUAUAUACAUACAUACAUAUACAUACAUAUAUACAUACAUACAUAUACAUACAUAUAUAUAUACAUACAUAUAUAUAUAUACAUACAUAUACAUACAUAUAUAUAUAUAUGAUGUGGUACUUUAAAAAUUACUGAGUGUUACUAUUUUUCAUCAACCUCACAAUGAAAAAAAAAACACAAAUCAUAACUUAUAACUAAUAAACUAUAAAAGAACAAUGUUGCAGAGUUAUAAAACUAAAAAAAAAAAAAGACAUUAGAAUAAUAACUAGUAUCAUUUAAUCAUCAUUGCAACUUUACUUCAAAUACAAAAGUAUAGACAGAAAGGAUUAUUAACAUUCAUGACUGUUUAACAUUCAGGAUUUUAUUGUUAGCACUUAACAUUCACAAAAACCUAAAGGCUAGUCCCCAAAAAAGAUACAAAAACAAGUCAGUGUACUAUUAUCUAUUCCCUUCCAUCAUUUGACCUAGGACUUUUAUCAUUUACAAUACCAAAAGGGUAGUACAAAACAAAAAAAAGAACAUAUCAGCAUUCAAAAAAAAAAAAAAUUCCAGAAGUGUCCGUGCCGUGUCCGUGUCUGUGUCCGCGGAGUGUCCGUGCCGUGUCCGAAAAUUCAAAAAAAAUAAAAAAAUUCCAGGCACGUUUUUUGGCAUGUCUGACACGUGUCGGAUGCGUGUCCAUGUCCGACACAUGUCGGACACGGAUUCUUCGCCCAUUUUGGAGUGUCCGUGCUUCCUAGCUCAUUGCAAACGAAAAAGAUGACCCCAUCCAUGAGAAAUUAUUAGAUGGUCCUAGAAAUGAGAAAUUGUCCCAAUGUUGCAGUUUUUGAAGCUGGGCUUUGAGGGUUCGGUCAUCUGACGAAUAUGAACUGGAAAUUUUCCAUCUUCAUAAUGUACUUUGCUAUCUGAUCCGAUCAUGUUCACUUAUGUGUUUUUGUUAAGUGGUAUUCUCUUUUCGUUAAGUGGUAUUCUCACUUCUAGUUAAUCUUCAUGUUGGUUCUGGAGAAUGAGUUUGUGUGCUUUUACACCAGAUUUAAUUUGUAGAGAUACAUGAACAACACAUAACACCAUUUGGAAAAAAAUAACAAAAUCUUUUUCUUGGGAUCCCUUUUCUGACAAUGGCAUAGCAACUGAUUGCAUUUUAUUAACCCACCCAAAAAAUUAAAAGUAGCAUUCAAUAUUGGUAUGUUCAGCUAAAAGAAAGUGGAUUUGAAAUAAAGAGAUACGAGUUUCAAAUAAAAGAUAGGUUUUUCAAGUUGGAUUGGGAGGUCCAAGGGAUGUUUAGUGAAUGAGUUAUGGGAUAUAUAUUUUAUUAGGACUCUUCAGCUAUUAUAAUCUUAUUAGCAUGGAUUUCAAGUAACCCUUUUCAUCUUGUUUUUCCCUCAAAUCAAAUCAUGCAUCUGGUUAGAACAUAAAUCUAAUACUCCUUAAAUAAUUGAAUUUAAAUCUAUUCAAUUAAAUGCUUCAAUUCAAAUGGAUUUAAAAGUUAUGUUGUUUUAUUAAGGUUUGCUUGCUUUGUUCUCUAAGCACAUUGCACAAAAGAUUGUUGGAGAAAAUCAAAAGUUUGUUUGUUUGGUGGAAUCAUUACCUUUGCAAUCUUGGAUAUGUUCACAAGAUAUAGGUUUGUCGCUUUAAAAGCUCAUGAUGUCUGUCCAUGAGGACAUGUUUUGGCAUUUAAUUUACAGAAUAUAGAACGCUAAGGUAGAGUGUUAAUCUUUAAUGGAUCCAAGGCUUGCAUCAAAAGGGAUGUUAUACUUUUAUUUUGCUUAAUUUCUGGCUUUUUAUAAUCUUGAGUGUGCCGAUCAACUUCUGCACCAAAGUGUUGUUUUCAUGGUACAUAUCUAAGUUAUUGCGUGCAAUAAUCAAGCUUAUGUUUCGUGGAACUCAAGCUGAAGCAAGAUUUAUGAUCUUGUAACAUGGCACUUCAUGUGCCUGCUUAACUGUUAGCUUUUGUGUAGUAGUAGAUUUUGUUUAUUCUUGUGGGCAAUGAACAUAACUUGUGGUUUUUCUGCCACGUAUAAAAGCUCAUUCUGAAGUAGCUUCCGGUUGUUCUGUUUCCUUAAAGACAAUCUUUGGAAACACUCGGAAAAAGUGUGACCUAGGAAUUGUAAUGACAGGGCUAAACUGUAAGAUAUUAGACAAAAAGAUAAAAUUGCAUGUCAUUCUGAAGCUGAGUUUUCAUUCCUUUUUAUUAUCAAAUAGUUAGAUCUGCAUGUCACAUUGAAGCCGGGUGUUUAAAGGGGCUAUGUGACAGUACCUGCGGAUUUGUUAUGACUUCAUUUCUUCUUUUCCUGAUAGCCAUAGGGUUAGAGCCUUUAAAAUUGUAGAAAGUUGUAGACCAGUCACAAAAAACAUUGGUUUUAUGUAGGAUGAUUAGUGAUAGUGUGGCCAAAAAAUGAGUCCAUCCAACUCGAGGAAACUUUAGGCAUCUUUGUUAAGCGGUAUUCUCACUUCUAAGUAAUCUUCAUGUUGGUUCUUGAGAAUGAGUUUGCGUGCUUCUCAUUGAAAGUUAGUAUUCCAGUCAUGCAUAUUUCUUUCUAUUUCAUCCUGUCCACCUGUUAGUCUAGGCACAUAAUAUGCCCUUUUCUGUGUAUUGUGUUUAUUAUGAAAAACUUGACCAUGGGUAUAACACCUGAUUUAAUUUGUAGAGAUACAUGAACAACACAUAAUAAGAUUUGGAAAAAAAUAACAAAAUAUUUUUCUUGAGAUGUCUUUUCUGACAAUGGCGUAGCAACUGAUUGCAUUUUAUUAACCCAUCCAAAAAAUUAAAAGUGGCAUUCGAUAUUAAUAUUGUUCAGCUUGAAAAAAAAAAAAAAAGGAUUUGAAAUAAAGAGAUUUUAGUUUUAAAUAAAAGAUGGGUUUUUCAACUCGAAUUGGGAAGUCCAAGGGAUGUUUAGUAAUUGAGUUAUGGGAUAUAUAUUUUAUUAGGACUCUUCUUCUGCUAUUAUAAUCUUAUCAGCAUGGAUUUCAAGUAACCCUUUUCAUCUUUUUUUUUUUUCCCCUCAAGUCAAACAUGCAUCUGGUUAGAACAUAAAUCUAAUACUCUUUAAAUAAUUGAAUUUAUAUCCAUUCAAUUAAAUGCUUCAAUCCAAAUGGAUCUAAAAGUUAUGCUGUUUUAUUAGGGUUUGCUUGCACUUGUUCUCUAAGCACAUUGCACAAAAAAUUGUUGGAGAACAUCAAAAGUUUGUUUUGUUUGGUGGAAUCAUUGCUUUUGCAAUCUUGGAUAUGUUCACAAGAUAUUGGUUUGUUGCUAUAAAAGGUCACGAUGUCUGUCCAUGAGGACAUGUUUUGGUACUUAAUUUACGGAAUAUAGAAGGCUAGUGUAGAAUGUUAAUCUUUAAUGGAUUCAAGUAAUUUAGAGAAUAUAGAAGGCUAGUGUAGAGUGUUAAUCUUUAAUGGAUUCAAGGCUUGCAUCAAAAGGGAUGUUAUACUCUUAUUUUGUGUAAUUUCUGGUUUUUUAUAAACUUGAGUGUGCCAAUGAACUUGUGCCCAAAGUGUUGAUUUCAUGGUUCUUGCGUGCAAUAAUCAAGCUUAUGUUUCGGGGAACACAAGCUGAAGCAAGAUAUAUGAUCUUGUAACAUGGCAUUUCAUGUGCCUGCUUAACUGUUAGCUUUUGUGAAGUGGUAGAUUUUGUACAUCUUGCGGGCAAAACUAGUGGUUUUUCUGCCACGUAUAAAGGCUCAUUCUACAGUUGAAGUUUCCGGUUGUUCUGUUUCCUUAUAGACAAUCUUUGGAAACAAUGGGAAAAAGUGUGACCUAUGAAUUGUAAUGACAGGGCUAAACUGCAAGAUAUUAGACAAAAAGAUAAAUUUGCAUGUCAUUCUGAAGCUGAGUUUUCAUUCCUUUUUAUUAUCAAAUAGUUGUUAGAUCUGCAUGUCACAUUGAAGCCGAGUGUUUAAAGUGACCGUACCUGCGGAUUUUCUAUGACUUCAUUUCUUCUUUUCGUGAUAGCCAUAGGGUUAGAUCCUUUAAAAUUGUAGAAAGCUGUUGACCAGUCACAAAAAAGACAUUGGUUUUAUAUAGGAUGAUUGGUGUGAUUGGUGAUAGUGUGGCCAAAAGAAUGAGUCCAUCCAGCAUCUUUGUUAAAUGUAUUGAACAAUCUGGAGAAGAAAUUGUAGAGCAAUUGUUUGAAAGCGGGAUGAAGAGAAGAUGAAGAGAGGAACUGAUUAAUAGCUGCAGAAAUUUAUGUAUUAAUCCUUGCCCUAAAAUAGUCGUGAUGUGCACUUGUUGUUCAGUUAGGCCAAGUUUAUUCCUUUCAAAGGUGUGUGUAUGUAAGAUAGGUGUAAUAAGUAGGGGCCGUGAACCUUUAAUUUAAAGCUCUAAGAAAUUCAUUUCUUGUACUAGUUUCUGUUUGUUGAUAGAUUGCAUUAUUAGGUUGAUGGGAAUGAUUUAAAACUUUUUGUUAUUGAAAAAGAAAUUUGUUUAAGAAAAUAGAUAUAGGAACUUACCAUUGAAAUGGGUUUCGUUUUCUGGUAAUUCACCAACUGACCGGAGUGACAAAGAAAAAUCAUAGAAGAAAUUCAUUUGUUGUCGUAUAUGAUGAGAUCAUGACAAAGUAGGUCAUGAGGGAGGACCACUGGAUCGCGAUCAAACGUUUGUGCUGACGUUUCUCUAUAUUAAGCUUCUUGUUGGCGGCCAAGCCCAACUCAGCUCCGACUCAUAUUUCAAACAUAGCACGCUCUACUUUUUGCAUAAAGUUACUCCAUUAAAGAUGUUAUAAUGUUAUUCCACGCAUUAUUUAUCUUCUUCUGUUUGGGUCUUAUAUGGUUGGUUAUCAUUGGGGGUGAGGGAAAAAAGAAAAAUAAUAAAUAAAUUCUCGACAACAACAAAAAGGAAAGUUGAUUGAUUACAUCAAUAUGUAAGUAACCAACUUGAUGAGUGUUAGAAUUAACAGCAAAGUUGUUAAUUUGAUUAUAGUCGUUAACACUGGCUGAGACCUUGGCCUAAUGUGAUUGCCUGUUUUUUUUUUUUGGUUAGGCAUGGGUUUUGCUGAUAGAUAAAGGAAAAAACAUAAAUAAACUAAACCAAAUAAAUAAACUAUAAAUAUUAAUAAUUGAAAGCUAUUUAUGUAAUAAGUUAUGUUAAUCACAAUUAUCACACUAACAAAGUGAUCAUUAAUAAUAAUAAUACCUAAAAAAAAAAAAAAAAGCAGUGGUCAAAUAAAAUCAAAUGGCAUCAAAACAGCAAUCAAAUUGAACAAAAGUCAAGCCGCCAGAGAGAACCGAGUUUGGGGAUAUAGAUAGCAUCCUCCUCCUCCGAGUAUAGUAUUAUGAGGCAACAAUCACACCGUGAAGACUCUCUCUAUCUCUCUCGAGUUAUUAUAUCAAUGGACUACUCCUUGAACAAAGUGACACCAAACCCUCUCCUCCGGCGUAGAAACUCAAUCGCAACAACCAAGCUCAGCCUGCCAUCAAAGCUCCUCCAAGCCGUCGCCAUCACCACCUCAUCAACACCAUCAUUCCCAACAGUGGAUUUGGAGCUCAUCAAACCCCCCCUGUCCUACACCUCCUUAAAGGACAUCCUCCCCUCCACCGCCAGUGUCCUGUCCCCCACCUCCAACGCCGUGCCAGUGUCAGCCAGUUGCGAGAUCUCCAUACGCAACCGCCUCGUCAAGCAAGCCGCCUGGUCCUACCUCCAGCCCUUAUCCACCUCGCCGGACUCUGUUGGGCCUCACUUCCUCCGCCGACUGUGGGUCAGAUUCUCCUGCGACUACGUCAAGAAUCCCUUCACCGCUUUCCUCCGGUUUUUUGACCGCCGCAUUUUACAGGCCAUAACCAGAGUCUUCGAUCGAUUGAUCCGACUUGUUCGGGUUCGGAGUCAUUGUUUGUAGUCAAUAUAAUACACAGUCGGGAUGACUUUUAUUUAUUUAUUAUAAAUAUGUAAAUGUAUUAUCACGUUCUGCUUUUUGUUUAUUUAAAAUGCGAAAAGAGACGGUUUGGAAAAAUAAAAAUACUCCCUGGUUUUAUUUAAGAAUGGGAGUGAGGAAAGUGUGGAAGAUUAAAUUAAAUUUGUUGGAAACUAUAAGUUAGUGUUUAAAUUUAUUAUGAUUCUAGAAUUCUCUUUGGAUGAUGAAUAUAUAUUGAAUUAUUUGUAAGUAAGAAGUGAGAAGUCAAUAAUAUCAAGUUUAUAUAAAAAUGAUGUGUUUGUUA